AUGGCAUCGGGAUAUUCGAGAAUGGACAGCAAUAGUAACAGCAGUUGUAGCAGCGGUGACGAUGUCUUGGUAUGCAAAUGUUCUAAAAGACACACGAUCCAAUGCAAAAGAGUGGCUACCAAACCAGAAGAAAAUGACGCGGAUCAAGCGGACGCUGCUCGUGAACCUGGUGAAAUUGUGGACGAAGAACCCACGGAUAUCCGUGAACCCGUCCAAAUCGUGGACGAAGAACCCAUGGAUCAGACGGAUGUUGCUGGAGAAACGGACUCGACUCCCUACGAUGAUGAUGCCUACGACGCCGAUGACGAAUGGAAUGGUCUUUCGAGACAUUACUUGUUCUGUCAUCGACCCGAAAUGGGAAGAUUCUACAAACAACUCUGCACGUUUGGGUGGUGGCCCAUACAGUUGCGCCAGAAACCGAGGGAACUCGCCAAGGCCGGUUUCUUCUACACGGGAGACCACGGUGCCGUUGUCUGCUACUGUUGUGGACUACGCACCUACAGAUGGCAGAAGAUGGACGAUCCAGUGAAGGAACAUUACAGGCUGUCCCCAAGAUGUCCUUACAUUAACAAUGUGUUGAGACAUUAA